CUUCCCAGGAGGCUUUGAGAUGCCUGUCCCAGGGCGUUCCAACAGACUUCGCGCGCUUUACGCAUCAAAUUUUGGGCUCAGCCCGCGAGGCACCGGAUAGCAGCAGAAGAUGGAGAGCAGGGACGAGGAAGAUGUUGAGAAGCGCCGAGUCCACCUUCGCCCCGACACUCUACGCAGCGCCACCCCUGCCACGCUGCACCUUCUACCCUGUGGUAUCCCGGUUAACCGGCCCGCCCCCGUGGGGAACUUCUUCACCCCAGCCAUCCGUCAGGGUCCCGAAGGACUCGAAGUGUCGUUUCGGGGCCGCAGUCUGCGGGGAGAGGAGGUGGAGGUGCCGCCCGGCCUCGUGGGAUAUGUGAUGGAGAUGGAAGAGAAGGAAGAGGUGUUGGUGGGGAAGCAGGACUUCCAGCAGGGGUCAGACAAUGACGAACACGAGCCGGAGCUGCUGGAACCCCCGGAGGCGGCCCUGGAGCGAGACUUCGACCGCGUUAUCAGAGCCUCAGGCAGUUUCAGCCACUUCACCGUGUGGGGCCUGGAGACCGUCCCUGGCCCUGAUGCCAAAGUGCGUGCGGCCCUAACUUGGCCCAGCCUCGCCGCAGCGGCAAGCUUCAUUUGUCCGCCGAGCCCUCGGAUGUCUCCACUGGUGGAAACCCUUCCUCACCCGCAGUCAGAACUGCUUCACGUUGCGCCAUAGCCUGUUUGCUUUCCUCCCUUUGGUGGAUCUGUAUCAGCCAGUCUUGCCCUCUUGCCUAAUCUAGUAACUUGCACCAAGUAACUCCAUAAGAUGGACAGAGGCUGGUGCUUUGGAGAGGAAGCGUGGGAGAGGAUGAGGACACACGGGGUCCCCACUUACUCUUGCUGGGCCUAUAGUGUGUGUUGACGGAUCAGUGGGACACCCCACGGGCCUCCUCAGCUGUGGGGACUCCCGGCCCCUCCUCAGUGCCUCCCCUAACACCCACACGCCCUGUCUGCCAAACUGAGCACCCUUGGUGGCCCUGCCUGCAUCCCCUCUCCAUGGAGUCUGAGCUCUAAGAUUCAUUAAACAUCUUCGUGCUUUACCAGGCUGAGGAAGAUGGGACCCCAUUUUGGCACUGUUCUACCAAUAAAAUUUCUCAAAUGGACUAUGA